UGGUGCCGAAAACCGAGAGAAACUUCUGAAAAGAAAAGUCCUACUCAUGAGUUUCAAAUAUCUUGAUGUUGCACAUUGUUUUAACAUAGUUGCUGUUAAAUAACAAGAUAGGUUACUAUAGCAACGCAGAUGAUACACAGCUCUUCAUAACAAUGUCGCCAAUGUAAGCCAUUCAAGUGAGUAGAAAUCAAUGCAUGGAUGUACCUUAUAAAGAAAUAAGGAAAUAAUUUUCUUUAAAUCAGUUUCAAUUGGUCAAAUAAUAAAAAAACACAAUAGGAGAUUAAAUUCAUGGUUGUGAGAAAUGUUUGUAAACUUCUAUUUGAAGCUGUAAGUGUGAAGAUCCUUGUUGAUAAUAAGAGAAAGGGUCAAAACGACCCAGUAGGAGGAAGACAAGGUCUUGGCGUUACGGUUCAGACAAUGUUCUAUUGGGAAACCAUGCAGCUAAAUGGUUCAAAAUGGUUUAUUUAUUUAUUUAUUUUGAACAUGAUAGCAAUAUAAAAUAACAAGAAAUUCAAAAGACACGUAUUUUUGUACCACAGUGCUUGAAAAGGAGUAGCAAGAAGUUAGAAAACGUAUGAACUCCCACCCCAUAAACUCAUACAAAACUUUCAGAUGGACCCUCAUUAAUAAAUACAAAAAAAUAAUAAUAAAAAAAGAACUUAGGUUAAUUAGUUUUCCAUUUUAUCUGGGUUCACAUAUGUCUAAACAUAUACAUCCACAUCCACACACUCAUCUGCAUUAGCCUUAAUUUACAUAAACACAUCAGUGCUAACUCUCACCCAUAUUUCUAUAUCUUGUGAAAAUGACCUCCUUAUAUUUCCUUUUAAAUUGUAUUAAAAUUUGACUUUUUAACUCCUCAUUUAACUUGUUCAAUAAUUUUACAUCAUAAAUUGAAACAGAAAAGCUCUUUCCUAUUGUGCGUAUAUUAUGAAUCCUUAAGUUUGAGAAAGUUAUAUCUUCUCUUCUCUUUCAAAAAACAUGCUCUGCGUGAGCUCAGGUAACAGUUUACUUGAUGCCUUAAACAUAAUUUGAGCCAUUUUAAAUUCAACUAGAUCUUUAAAUGUUGUUAUUCUAGAUUGUAAGAAGAUCUUAAGGUUUCAGGAACAUGUUUAAAAAACAUCUGAUCUCCAGUAGAUCACACCCAGAGAUCUACUGGAGUCUCAGUUUAAAGACCUUUUAGCACUGAGUGGCCGUGACGUUAUGGCCUAACAUUUAGACUGUUUGAAAUAGUGAUGGCUUUCUGAUCAGUUCUAAACUAGAAAAGGGGUUUACCGGUGAUGAAUAACAGUAAAUACAUCCAGUCCCUCUGCUUCUCCUCCUCCUUGGGCCUCUCUCUCCCUCUCUCAUUGUCCUCCAGCUCACCUCUCCUCUGCCCCUCCAUUGCUUAGUCACCACAUGGAUGUGUCAUUGUUUCUAUCACUUUCUGACUUUCAUGCCUACUGAAGCACAGCGAGAGCAUCUCUAUGGUGCCAAACCCAUGAAAAGAUGCAGGAUUCACUUCUGUCCAACCCCCUGAUCCGCUCCCUCUCCACUCCAAAAAACAGGACCUCCUCAUUCCUGAUGGAUGGCGCCACUUUCCACAGCCAGGGCCACGGCCCACAUGGCGACCACACCUCCACGGCACGGGCUUAAAGCCUCCGGAUGUAUAAGCGAGGGACCAUAAGGAGACGAGGAAUCGGAGAGAAGAUGAAGAUGGAGCUCGCCGUGGUUAACUGGAUGGUGGCAGCCGCAGGGUUUCUUCUGCUCUGGGCCAGCGGUGGCUCCGCAGCACCUCUUGAGUGCCACUUCAACUCCAGAGGUCUGUGUGAGUUCGAGGGGAGGCGCUACGCCCUGGGGGAGACCUGGAUGGAUAACGCCUGCAUGCAGUGCACCUGUUUGCACCCCGUUGGAGUCGGUUGCUGUGAGACGGUGCAUCGGCCGGUGGACUUCCCUGCCUGGUGCGAGGUGAGGGUGGAGCCGGUGACCUGCAAAGUGUUCCUGGUCCAGAGAGCCGACCCCCGCCUGCCGUGCACCCCGGGCGAAACGGACAGGGACCCCAGCCACGGAUCGCUGCAGCUGCAGCUCGACGGGGGGAUCCGCACGGAGACCAACAACAGCUUGACCUGCACCUAAAUAUCAGAAAAUGCCUUUUUUCUUUUAGUGAACCUAUAUUAAACACCGUCUGAGUCUUGGCCUGUAUCCGUAUUAGGAAUGUGUCUUUGCAAAACAAAACUUCAGAAAAGCAACCUUUUGUGUUUAUGUAUGACAUUUCUUACUCAGUAAUCUUCUUGCAAGUAUUAAAGUAAAUAUUCUACAUUCUUUUGAAUCUAUUUUAUUUCUAUAAUCAGCCGUGCUUUAAAAAUUCAGUAAAAUGUUUGCAUAUUUAACUGACUUAAUAUUCUUUGCUAAACAAAACCUUCGUCAAAACAAUGUAGUAAUGUAAUGUACAAGCAAGAAUGCAUACUUUAUAUGUAUUUCUGUUCACCUGUUUUCUGCUGUAACUCAUUUAACCUGGAGAUGACACUCUUGUGUAAAAUAAAUAAAGAAAAUUUGAGGUUAAACUUUUAA